AGGAAAUAAAAGACAGAGCUGAGUGAAAAGAAAUCUGAUCGGCGAGACCGAUGGAGAUAGAGGCGGGGAGAAGAGGGGACGUAGAGAGCGGCGGCGGCGGGGUGGCGUACUUGGUGUGGCAAGAGCUGAGGGUGGUGCUGCCCAACGUGGGGCAGGGCCCAACAAAGAAGCUGCUCCAUGGGAUCAGCGGCUACGCUCAGCCCGGUCGGAUUAUGGCCAUUAUGGGCCCUUCCGGUUCCGGCAAAUCCACCCUUCUCGACUCCUUGGCAGGUAGGCUAUCAAGCAAUGUUGCCAUGACAGGUGAUAUUCUUCUUAACGGGAAGAAGAGGCGAAUGAGCUAUGGCGUUGUCGCGUAUGUAACACAAGAAGAUGUGUUGCUGGGAACACUAACACCAAGAGAAGCCAUUACAUACUCGGCAAAACUGCGCCUCCCAACCACCUUAAGUAAUGAAGACAUAAGAGGAAUUGUGGAGGGAACAAUCCUGGAAAUGGGGCUCGUGGAUUGCGCCGAUCGGGUGGUGGGGAAUUGGCAGAUGAGAGGCAUAAGUGGCGGGGAGAAGAGGCGGUUGAGCAUUGCACUCGAAAUCCUUGUGCGCCCUCACAUACUGUUUCUUGAUGAGCCUACUAGUGGUCUUGACAGUGCCUCCGCUUUCUUUGUGGUCCAAGCUCUUAAAAACAUCUCUCGAGAUGGGAGAACAGUUAUCUCUUCUAUUCAUCAGCCUAGCAGUGAAGUGUUUGCUUUGUUUGAUGACCUCUAUUUGCUCUCCGGAGGAGAGACCGUUUAUUUCGGAGAGGCCAAAACCGCUGUUCAGUUCUUUGCUGAAGCUGGAUUUCCAUGUCCAAGUAGAAGAAAUCCAUCUGACCACUUUCUACGCUGUAUCAAUUCUGACUUUGACAUUGUCACGGCAACUUUGAAAGGCUCAAUGCGUCUUCAGGAAACAGAUAAGAGUGAUUAUCUGAUGAAUAUGGCUACAGCAGAUAUCAAAGCUAUGCUUGUUGAAAAGUUUAAAAGAUCAGACUACGGUGCGAGGGCCAGAUCAAGGUUGCAAGAGCUCUCUAAAACUCAUGAUAUUGAAAUAGAAACAAUAAAAGGAAGUCAGGCAGGAUGGGGAAAACAACUAGUGACAUUGACUCAGAGAUCAUUUGUGAACAUGAGAAGGGACCUGGGAUACUAUUGGUCACGCAUAAUUAUCUACAUAAUUGUAUCAGUAAGUGUUGGGACCCUAUUUUUCCGUGUGGGGACCAGUUAUACUGCAAUCUUAGCUCGUGGAGCUUGUGGCGGAUUUGUUACAGGAUACAUGACAUUUAUGUCCAUCGGAGGCUUCCCUUCGUUUGUAGAAGAAAUGAAAGUAUUUACCAAAGAAAGGCUAAAUGGACACUAUGGAGUUGGAGCUUUUAUAUUAGCCAACUUCUUUUCUUCCCUGCCAUUCUUAGUAGCAGUUGCCCUCAUUACAGGGACAAUCACAUUUUACAUGGUGUUCCAGGCCAGCUUUGCCCAAUAUGUAUUCUUCUGCUUAAAUCUCUUUGGAUGUAUUGCUAUGGUUGAGAGCUGCAUGAUGAUUGUCGCUUCCCUGGUUCCCAACUUUUUAAUGGGAAUCAUUACCGGUGCUGGCGUGCUGGGAAUUAUGAUGAUGACAGCUGGAUUUUUCCGCUUGUUGAAUGAUCUUCCCAAAGUGUUUUGGCGCUAUCCCAUUUCGCUCAUAGGUUACGGGGCAUGGUCUCUGCAGGUAAGCUUGGUGAUAAUUAGUUAAUUCAUAAAACGUCGUUUUUUACUCGAGGGAAACCACCCUCUCCAUUUCUCUUCAGUACUAUGGUUUUGCAAGGAAAUACUAACCAACAUAUGCAUAUAAGACUUUAAUUUAUUUCUCCCUUGACCUCUUGGAUAGAGCCCUGAAGUUUAAGUCUCAACCAGGGGUGGAUCCAGAGUGGGUAGGGGGACAAUUGCCCCCUAUCAACUCCUUUUAGAUAUGAUUGCACAUUUGAAAUUUACAUUAGUUCUAAAUACAUACAUAAUAUAAACCGAUCUUUAGAUUUAUUUAUUAACAUAAUUAAAAAAAACUAUGUAAAUAAGUUAUUGCGGAAGAAGUUAAAUUCAAGUAUGAUAUCAUAUUUUGUUGUCGAACGAAUAUUUUGGUACUCCUUCCGUCCUAUUCUGUAAGAUAUACUAUCCUUUUAGGCUACCCUAAAAAUACGAAAACUUUCCUAAAUUCAACUCAACUAACUUUUUACUUUCCUAUUUUAUCCCUUUACCCAUCAUUUCACCUUAAUCCAACUAUUUUUUGUUUUACCUUUUGAGAUUAAAAUGGUGGAACAACUUUUUUUCUCCUUUAUUUUCUUAAAACCCAAUAGUAUCUUACAUUAUGGGGCGAAGGUAGUAUUUAAUAUUUCCGCUCAAUAUGUUUCGGUGUUUAAUAUAUCUGGUGUGAGUUCACCCCCUCACAGCGAUUGGACAACACAUAUCACAUAUAUCCAAUAUUUGAAGAAGCUAGUAGUACAUAUUUUUCCCUGAACUGAAUAGUAAAAACAUGUGUGUGUGUGUGUGUGUGUUGGUGUGCAGGGAGCAUACAAGAACGACAUAAUUGGACUUGAAUUCGAUCCAUUGUUUCCCGGGGGAGAAAAGAUAAAAGGAGUGGACGUGUUGAGAAACAUGUACAAAUUACCACUCGAUCAUUCCAAGUGGUGGGAUCUGCUGGCAUUGUACAGCCUGAUUGUAGUGUACAGACUCAUAUUCUUUUUAGUCCUCAAAGCAAAGGAGCGCGUAUUGCCCUUUUUCCGGUCAGUCCGCACCAAGCGCACUUUACACCGCCUCAGCAAGCGCCCUUCGCUCAUCCGAAGGCCGUCUGUCUCUUCCAAACGGUAUCAGAACAUCCGCUCCUUGUCCUCUCAAGAAGGCCUCAGCUCUCCCCUUCCCUAACAUGUUCUCAACUUUGUGUCAGUUGUUAUGUUCAUAUGUCAAUCAUUAAGUCGAAAAGUUGUUAGUGAGCUUGCUUGUUUAUGACUUUAUGUUGUCGCAACACAUUGAUGGCAGCAAUGGUUUGUUGUACUUUGUUUAAGUUUUUGUUGUACACGUUUUGAAGGCAGUGAACCAUAUAACUUAAAUGAUUUGAUUCUAGGGGAGCUCUUCGGUGCAUG